UGUGUGUGUGUGUGUGUGUCUGGCGCCUGUCCAAGGUGAUUUCCCAUAAACCACAUGCCCCCACAAGUCCUCUUAAAAGGCUGUGCCGAGGAGCUGGCCAGUGGAGACCGGCUGGUGGAAAGUGAAAGUUGCCUGGGUGCUCUCGGCGCCGCCGCCCGCUUUCCGCACCCCCGGGACUGCAGCGCGGCCCUCGGCCGGGGCGCGGGCUCUGCGGCGGCCAGCGAGCGAGCGAGCGAGGGCGGCCGACGCGCCCGGCCGGGACCCAGCUGCCCGUAUGACCGCGCGGGGCGCCGCCGGGCGCUGCCCUCCCACGACAUGGCUGAGCCGCCUGCUGCUGGUCUGUCUCCUGGUGAGCGGGAGUAUUACCGAGGAGGUGUCAGAGCACUGUAGCCACAUGAUUGGGAACGGACACCUGCAGUUCCUGCAGCAGCUGAUUGACAGUCAGAUGGAGACUUCGUGCCAAAUUGCCUUUGAGUUUGUAGACCAGGAGCGGUUGAAAGAUCCCGUGUGCUACCUUAAGAAGGCCUUUCUCCUAGUGCAAGACAUAAUGGAGGACACCAUGCGCUUCAAAGACAAUACUCCCAAUGCCAAUGUCAUCGUGACCCUCCAGGAGCUCUCUCUGAGGCUAAGGAGCUGCUUCACCAAGGACUAUGAAGAGCAGGACAAGGCCUGUGUACGAACUUUCCAUGAGACACCCCUCCAGUUGCUGGAAAAGAUCAAGAAUGUCUUUAAUGAAACAAAGAAUCUCCUUAAAAAGGACUGGAACAUUUUCAGCAAGAACUGCAACAAGAGCUUUGAGAAAUGCUCCAGCCAAGAUGUGGUGACCAAGCCUGAUUGCAACUGCCUGUACCCCAAAGCCACCCCUACCAGUGACCUGGCCUCUGUCUCCCCUCAGCAGCCCCUUGCCCCCUCCACGGCCCCCAUGGCUCGCUUGGCCCGGGCUGACUCUGAGGGGACAGAGGGCGGCUCCCUCUUGCCCAGUGAGCUGCCCCUCCGCACGGUGGACCUGGACCCGGGCACUGCCAAGCAGCGACCAGCCAGGAGCACCUGCCAGAACUUUGACUCUCCAGAGCCCCCGGGUGUAGAGGCCAGUCCUAUCGGAGACUCACCUCAGCCCCAGUCCUCUGCCGGGGCCCCCACCCCUGGGAUGGAGCACAUUCUUGACUUUGUGUUGGGCACUAAUUGGACCCUAGAAGAGGCCUCCGGAGAGGCUAGUGAGGGUCCCGUACCCCAAGGGGCAGAGCUUUCCUCCUCCAGGCCGGGAGGAGGCAGCAUCCAGGCCAAGAUGACCGCCAGGCCCAGUGACCUCUUGUCAGCAUCUUUUCCGUUGUCCUACUCAGCCAGGAGCCAGCAGCCAGAGGACAUGACUAGCAUACCCCUGCCCAUGGUGGGCCCUGCGAAACCCACUGGCCAGGCCCAGAGUCAUACACCUGAGAAGACAGACCGUCCAUCUGCCAAGCCCAGAGACCACCAGGAGCCAGGCUCUGCCAGGACCCCGUCGCGGCCCCCACGAAGCCUCAACAGUCUCAGGACCCCGUCGCGGCCUCCACGAAGCCCCGGUAGUCCCUCGGCCCUCUCUGCACAGCCAAGUCUUCCCGGAAGCCACUCCUGGGGCCAUGUGCUGCCCCUCAGGGAGUUGGAGGGCAGAAGGAGCACCAGGGAUCGGAGGAGCCCCACAGAGCUGGAAGGACAAGCAAGUGAGGGGCACAGGCCCUCAGCCCGCUUUAAUUCCAUUCCUUUGACUGACACAGGCCAUGAGAGGCAGCAGGAGGGACCGUCAGACCCUCAGCUCCCCGGGUUUGUCUUCCGCCUGCUGGUGCCCAGCAUCAUCCUGGUCCUGCUGGCCGUCGGCGGCCUCCUGUUCUACAGGCAGAGAAGGCGGAGCCAUCGAGAGCCUCAGACAGUGGAUUCUACCAUGGAGCGACCAGAGGGCAGCCCCCUGACCCAGGAUGAGGACAGACAGGUGGAGCUCCCAGUAUAGAGGGGUUUCUAAGCUGGGCGCACAGGACAGUCUCUCCAUGGGACGAGACAUCAUGGGGGCGUCCACCACCACCCCUCCCCAGCCAUUCUCCUCGCAAUGUGGCCUGCCCACCACGAGAGCUCCUGACCAGAGCAGCGAGGCUGGAGUCCCUCUGCCCUCGACCCUCAGACUCUGGACUGACCAGGAGAGGGCUGGAGGUUGCCCUCCACGCUGCUGAUAUUUAUCGUGGGCCCUCGCGGCUCCCAUCCACUAGAGGAAGGCUGGGAAGCUCGGCUGAGGACCCUCUGCGCCUCAGGGGCUGUGUUCUCCUCCUACUCCCCUCCAAGCCACACCUGGGCCAGGGACCCAGAUGCCUGUAGGACGUGGGAGAGCAGGGUGGGCACCGAGAAUGAAAGAGCCCUUUGCCCAGAGGACCGCCUGGUGCCUAGGGAUGAUGCCAGCACCGACAAGCAGGGACUUGUCUCCAGCGAGAGAAGCAUGAGAUUGGCAGGGCGGGACAGCGUCAGCUGGAUUUCCCGUAAAGGUGUGCGGCCCAAAAGACGGGAAGAGAAGGCCUCUGGGCCUGCUGGUCUGCACUGACAGCCUGGAGCGUGUCUGCACCCUCUGCUUGCCCAAGUGCCCUCUGCUGGUUGCCAGGCAGAGAGGAGAGGUCAGCCCUGCCCUCGGGACCUGUCUGGCUUGGCUCCAAUGCCAAGGAGAAGACCAGGCUCUGGGAUCUGCCCCACUUUCCCUCCAGCCCUGCCAGAGCUUCUCCGGGAGGCUGCGCAGAGGCUCCCCUCACGAAGGAAGCCAUUGCACUGUGAAUACUGAACCUGCCUGCUGAACAGCCUGCCCCGUCCAUCCCUGUGAGCGAACAUCUGUCCGGCCUCCUGCCCCUCCAGCCUCUCGCCAGCUUCCUGCACUGAGUGCCCGAGCCGGCCUUGCCUGUCGACUGAGGGAGCCCCUAAGCCCUGACCUUCUGCUGACCCAGGCUUCGACUCCCCAGGGUGGAUGGGGUGGGAGAACUGCCUGGGCUGCCAGCCAGAGCUGGUCUUUAGGCUGCGUUGUUCGCCCAGGUUUCUGCAUCUUGCACUUUGACAUUCCCAGGAGGGAAGUGACUGUGGGAGGGCGGGCAGGGAGGGCAGAGGCAGACCCAGAAGGAGGCUGCGGGGUGAACUCUGACUGAAAAUGGGUCUUUGCAAUUAUGGGUAUACCGCUGAGGUGGGGGGAGGCGUCUGCACCCUGACCCUCCGGCCCACGUCUCCUUCCCUGCACCAGGCCCCGCCCCCCUCAUAGCAGCAGGGCAGUGCUGGCAGGCACCCCGGCUGUCCCCGUGGAAGCCCUGAGGCUGGCCUUGCUCUCCAGCAUCUCAGCGCGGCACCCAGCUCCCAUUCUCAUCCCCCCCCCUCUUUCCCCACCUGGGUAGGCAAUGAUACCCCCAGCUCUCACCCCUACACUGUCUCUCUGGCCGGGCCAGCCGGGGUGGGAGAGGGACCGGGUACCUGCUUCCAAUUCUGUCUUGAGGGCUUCAGCUUCCUGGGCCAGCCUGUGGCCACUGUUCUGAGAACUGGCAGCAGGUGACAGGGCUGCUGAUUGCCCUUGGUCUCUUUGUGCUGCUGCAAUCCCUCCUCUCUGCUGCCCUGGGCCCUCCGCCGAGAGAUCCCACCCUUCCUGGCCCCUGGGCCGAGGCCCAUGACUUUUCUUCCUGCCCUCGAAAGUUGGGGUCUGCUGGCCCCCACCGCCCCUGCCCUGCCGCUCUCAGCUGAAGAAAGAGCAGCGGGGAACUUGCCCUGUGGGGGCUCCUUCUAGUCACAGACUCUGUAUUUGAUGCUAGAGUAUAUGUAUUUAAAAGUGAAAGGGAAAAAAAAAAAUCCACAGAAAAAAGGCAUUCCUCCCCCACCCCAAACAUAUAGUAUUUUAAAAGUCAAGAAAGCAAAUCCAACUCCUUGCAGAAGCUCUUUGUGGGCGCUUGGUGACACAGGUGCGGGAGGGGCCCCGGACCUCUGGGCUGCUCCCCCGGCUACCUGCACAGGAAUCCCUUCUUUGAGAAAGCCGAGAGGGAACAUUGGCUCACACACUGUGAGAUUUUGUUUUUAUACUUGGAAGUGGUGAAUUAUUUUAUAUAAAGUCAUUUAAAUAUCUAUUUAAAAAAUAGGAAGCUGCUUAUAUAUUUAAUAAUAAAAGAAGUGCACAGGC